AAACAAGAAAGUCAGCUGUGUGGAAGACAAUGACUCAUACACUUUUGCUGUACUACUUGGUGUUUCUUUUGCCCACAGAGUCCUGUAGGACAUUGUAUCAGGCUGCAAGCAAAAGCAAGGAGAAGGUGCCUGCCAGGCCACACGGUGUAUGCGAUGGUGUCUGUACAGACUACUCCCAGUGUACUCAACCUUGCCCUCCAGACACUCAGGGAAAUAUGGGGUUUUCAUGCAGGAAAAAGACAUGGCACAAGAUCACUGACACCUGCCGGACUCUUAAUGCCCUCAACAUCUUUGAGGAGGAUUCACAUUUGGUUCAGCCAUUUGAAGACAAUAUAAAAAUAAGUGUAUAUACUGGAAAGUCUGAGACCAUAACAGAUAUGUUGCUACAAAAGUGUCCCACAGAUUUGUCUUGUGUAAUUAGAAACAUUCAACAGUCUCCCCGGAUACCAGGAAACAUCGCCGUAAUUGUGCAGCUCUUACACAACAUAUCAACAGCAAUAUGGACAGGUGUUGAUGAGGCAAAAAUGCAGAGUUACAGCACCAUAGCCAACCACAUUCUUAACAGCAAAAGCAUCUCCAACUGGACUUUCAUUCCUGACAGAAACAGCAGCUAUAUCCUGCUACAUUCAGUCAACUCCUUUGCAAGAAGGCUAUUCAUAGAUAAACAUCCUGUUGACAUAUCAGAUGUCUUCAUUCAUACUAUGGGCACCACCAUAUCUGGAGAUAACAUUGGAAAAAAUUUCACUUUUUCGAUGAGAAUUAAUGAUACCAGCAAUGAAGUCACUGGGAGAGUGUUGAUCAGCAGAGAUGAACUUCGGAAGGUGCCUUCCCCUUCUCAGGUCAUCAGCAUUGCAUUUCCAACUAUUGGGGCUAUUUUGGAAGCCAGUCUUUUGGAAAAUGUUACUGUAAAUGGGCUUGUCCUGUCUGCCAUUUUGCCCAAGGAACUUAAAAGAAUCUCACUGAUUUUUGAAAAGAUCAGCAAGUCAGAGGAGAGGAGGACACAGUGUGUUGGCUGGCACUCUGUGGAGAACAGAUGGGACCAGCAGGCCUGCAAAAUGAUUCAAGAAAACUCCCAGCAAGCUGUUUGCAAAUGUAGGCCAAGCAAAUUGUUUACCUCUUUCUCAAUUCUUAUGUCACCUCACAUCUUAGAGAGUCUGAUUCUGACUUACAUCACAUAUGUAGGCCUGGGCAUUUCUAUUUGCAGCCUGAUCCUUUGCUUGUCCAUUGAGGUCCUAGUCUGGAGCCAAGUGACAAAGACAGAGAUCACCUAUUUACGCCAUGUGUGCAUUGUUAACAUUGCAGCCACUUUGCUGAUGGCAGAUGUGUGGUUCAUUGUGGCUUCCUUUCUUAGUGGCCCAAUAACACACCACAGGGGAUGUGUGGCAGCCACAUUUUUUGUUCAUUUCUUUUACCUUUCUGUAUUUUUCUGGAUGCUUGCCAAGGCACUCCUUAUCCUCUAUGGAAUCAUGAUUGUUUUCCAUACCUUGUCCAAGUCAGUCUUGGUGGCAUCUCUGUUUUCAGUGGGCUAUGGAUGCCCUUUGGCCAUUGCUGCCAUCACUGUUGCUGCCACUGAACCUGGCAAAGGCUAUCUACGACCUGAGGCCUGCUGGCUCAACUGGGACGUGACCAAAGCCCUCCUGGCCUUCGUGGUCCCAGCUUUGGCCAUCGUGGUAGUAAACCUGAUCACAGUCACACUGGUGAUUGUCAAGACCCAGCGAGCUGCCAUUGGCAAUUCCAUGUUCCAGGAAGUGAGAACCAUUGUGAGAAUCAGCAAGAACAUCGCCAUCCUCACACCACUUCUGGGACUGACCUGGGGAUUUGGAGUAGCCACUGUCAUUGAUGACAGAUCCCUGGCCUUCCACAUUAUCUUCUCCCUGCUCAAUGCAUUCCAGGGUUUCUUCAUCCUAGUGUUUGGAACCAUCCUGGAUCCAAAGAUAAGAGAAGCCUUAAAGGGUCGAGUAGCCUCUGCAAAAAGGAGCUCCAGAAUAUCAGAGAAUGCUUCUUCUGAAUUAUCUUGUCAUCCCAUCAAAGGCCCAAGUUAACAAACCAGGCUACAUCCCUAACCUAGGAGGUUGUAUAUUCCAGGAAUGGCAGAGCCCAAAGGAGAAAUGUGCUCAUUCCUGUCUUCUUGCCUCUGGAGAACAUGUAGGAAGCUCACACAUGUGGUGCUAAUGGAGGAGGGCGUGAUGUGCAGAAAGGAUGAAAGGCUCCUCUGUCAAAGCUGUUCUGUGCUACUAAACAUUUCUCGUCCAUCAACUGUACAUAGCUACAUAUAUGUCAUGCUGGGCAGCCACAGCAAACAAAAAGACAAAGGGGGCCACGACCGUGGUUUUUGUUGGGGCUUCCAUCUCUAUGCUGUUGGGUCACAUUUGUCUUCAGAAAGCAACCUCUGUCUCAUCUUGGAAAAGGCGGCCUGGGAUUUCACCUGGCUGGAUUCUGUGUGUUGCUGAGGGAGGAGCCUCAUGAAUAGUCACAAAUAGUUGGGCUGACUCUAAGUAGGUCAUUGCAGAUUAUUUUUUUUUUCAAAAGGAAUCCACUGCCAGUAUAUUCCACUUUUUCAAAUUUAAAUAGAUUGGAUUGUCAACUUGGUUUAGGCUUAGAUACAACUUCCUUGGCCAUGAACCAAGGGGAAAAGCAUAGAGCUUUUGAGACAGAAAGAUGACCAUUUUCAGUUAAGGAGAUGGAAGGAAGCCUGGAGUUGUGAGUCAAUGCUAAUCGAGGACUGAGCCAGAGGUAGAAACCCAAGUGUGCUGGUUCCCAGCCCUGUACUUCCUCUUCAAGACCAUAUAGACACUGAAAGAUCUUCUGCCUACACUGACAAUGUAAGGUCAAUCCUCACCAACAAUAUGCUUUUUUGAUACCUGGGAUUGGAGAGAGGAAAUAUCACAUUUCCAAUUCAGAGCUGCUCUUUUUCUUAACCUAUAUGUAAACAAAUUCAACAUUCAAACCAGGUGUUACCUGAUAGAACAGUAUUGUAGGUAGAAGCUCUUUGAGGAAAAAAAAAAAGCCUCUUUACAAAGCAAGGACAUAGAUGACUGCAGCAGCAUCUAACUAGUGGAUGAAGGCAAAGGGGCAAUGGGCAGCCUUUAAUUAUCCCAACAAGAAGUCAGUAUUGAUGAUGUUUCAUUACAAAGGAGAAAGUGGGACUCACUUUAGGUAUGAGUGCAGUCCCUUCCUUCCUUCCUUCCUUCCUUCCUUCCUUCCUUCCUUCCUUCCUUCCUUCUUCCCUCCCUCCCUCCCUCUCUCUCUUUCUCCCUCUUUCUUUCUUUCUUUUUUCUCCCUCUCUCUUUCUUUCUUUCUUUGUUUCUUAUUACAAAUUAUCUUCCUAUAAGUAGGAAAGUUUGAGCAGACAAAAAGCAUCAAUCUGAAGUUAAAAAAAAUGCAUCAACCUGGAGAAAUAGUCAUUUUUCAAAUGGCAUUGCUUAUCUUGGGACAACAAAAGCAUCCUUCACAAAUAAAGUCAGAGAGUGGUUUUAAUUUACCAUUUACCAAUAGAUUUGUAUGUUCUUUUCAAGAGAAGGGGUGAGAUAGACAUAGUCCUGGUUUUCCUCAAUGCAGGCUUAGGUACAAAGAAAUGUCACUUACCCAGAGUCCAUAUAUUGAAGUGAAAAUGGAAUUUCAUGAAGCAAAUAUAGUUACAGGAUGGUAACUCUGGACAAAUUUUAUAAAAGACGAACUCCAAUUGCCUCAUUUCACAGAUAACAGCUCUGAGCACUAGGGAGAGAGGGAGGGACUGGCCUAGCAUCUGCUUUGUGUCUUGGGCAGUCACAUCUAUUAUGGAAGUACUCACUACUCAGCUAUACUCACUCCCUGAGACAGGAUGGUCGGAAAGACACCUCACCUUAGCCUCAUCAUUAACCAAGAAACCCCAAGGAUGCUGAGAGAAAAACUCUGGAAUUAUUUGGGAAUUCCUGGAAGAAGCUAUGCCCUCUCUCCUGCAUCCCAAAGCCCACUCUACACCAUCUUGAAAAAUGUCAAGGAACUGCAUGGAUUAGGUUGACUCUGGAUGACCCUGGGUAGAGACUCACUCAGUUUCCUGCUGACACCUCACCAAGAAAGUGAUUUGGUCAGGUGACUCUAGGAGAAAUUGGUACUGAUAGUGUCCAAGGCAGAUUUUUAAGCAUCAGACUUAAUACAUAACGAUUCUUGGGAAAGCCAUUUAAAUCCCUGAGACUUUAAGUGGAUAAAUGUAGGUAAAGUAGUAUAGUACUUGGCUCAUAAUAAUUGCUCAUUCAAAUUCACAUGUUAGUUUUAGUUGUUUUUUUUUAAAUUAGAGUCCUGUGAAUACAUGAACCCACCCACCCACACGCAGACACAAGCAAACACACAGCCAUGACCCCAUGCAUAAGUUUGGCUGAAGACACCCUCAUGGGAACUAGUUCACUGACUUCCAAAUUAAAGAGUUAAGCAUUUGAUUUGGUCUGUUCAACAUUAGGGGUAUCAGCCAGCAAAAUCUGUUGAGCUUACCGUUGAAAAAUCCUUUCAUUCAUUACUGUGGUCAUAAUACACAGUUACCUGGCCAGGAAAGAGUACACAUCACAGGGAUCUGCUCACUGCAUGUGUGCCUGAGCUCUCCCUCACUUUCUGCCUUCUUCAAGAAUUCUUCCCUGAUUGGUCCAACCAGAAGCGCUGAUUCUCCCCACCUGAUUUCCUGUAAUUUUAUAAUCUAUGUCCUUCACUUUUGUGUUAUAUUGUUUAUUUCCUUUUGGUCUUUUUGUGUGCAUAUGUAUAUGUUUUGGGGAAUGGGGUUAUUCACUUUUGUUACUCACUGUGUUACUCACUUUUGUAUGCCCAUAGUGCAGAGCAUGGUGCCUUGUACAUAGAGUAUGUUCGGUAAAUAUGUGUAAUAAAAAGUCCUUUGAUUAC